AUGUCAUCAGAUUACACAACACCCUGGGAAAAAUUUUUAAAUGUUAAUCAAUUAAAAAAAAAGAAAUUUCUAAAAAAAAUUAAUUAUAGUAAUGCUAUAAAAGAUUUAACAUAUUUAUGUAAAUUAUUUAGAGAAACAUAUGGUCCUGAGUAUGAAGCUAUUAUUUAUUCUGAAUUAGCAAAAUUAUUUUUACAAUUAAAAUGUAACACUUCUAGUGCAUUAAAUUUAAAAAAAAAAGAAAAAUGUUAUUGGGAAGGUUUAUUAAAAGAUAAAAAAUAUGGUAGUAAUAUGUUUUCAGCAGUUUACCUUAAUUGGUAUGGUACAAAUGUAGAAAUUAUAAAUUUUUACACUAAUUUAAAAUUAAACUUGAAAGCAAAUAUAUCUAUUUUAAAUUUUUCAGUCAAAUUAUUCAAAAUUUGUAAAAUUUCAGAAUGUAUUAGUUGGGUUUCUAUGUUAAUACAGGAAUUUUAUGAUUUUCCCAUAUUUUGGUAUAAAUCUAUUACUCUUAUUACAAAAUGUUAUUUAAUGAAAAAUUGUUUGAAUGAUUUUGUUAUGUGCCUUAGUAAAAUGAAAACAUAUAUUGAAGAGUGUAAAAAAAGAUUAAUUAAUGAUUUUUUUAUACGAAAAUUUGUAAAAGAAUGUGUUGGAAUACAAAAAAUAAUUAAUUUAAAUUUCCCAUCACAUAAAAAGCAAUUUUUUGAACAUAAUUAUAAUACUAUGGAAGAAAUUGAUGAAUUUUCAAUGAAAUUAUAUAAUAAUAGUUCAGAUAAAGAAAAAUAUUUUCAUGAAAUCAUAGCUAAAAAAUAUGAAGACUUUAAACUCUUAAUAUUUUUCUGUAAAUGGGCAAUUAAAAAUUCAAACAAGAUUGAAAAUAAUACGGAUAUUUCUUCAAAUACAGAACCCAUUAAUCAAAAUAUUCCUAUUAUGUUACAAUAUAAAAAUUUACUUAAAGAAUGUAAUUUACUUGAUGAUGAAAAAUGUUAA